AUGGAUAGUGAUACAGAUCUUCAAUUGAAUAUCUUUCCUAUGCAACCCGACCCUCAAUUACAGAAUUAUACCCAUACUUCUCCUAAGUUUUCACCUAACAGCCAAUCUGAAAGCAGUCAUUUCAUAGAAUCUGCUUCACAAAUGAUGCUCUGCUUUGAAAAUUGUGUCGCGAAUUUCCAUUCCAAGGAAAAAUAUAGACAAGCAAAGGAGAACCUGAAAGUUUACCUAUAUCCCACAGCACCAGCAACAGCUUAUUCAAAGGGACAGCAGUAUGAGAAUUUUAAAGAGUCUUUACUCCGGCUCCUUUCUAAAACAGUCCCCUUCAACACCGAAACUCUGUUUGCAUGGAGGGCAUUCUUCUUUGAACUGAACUGGAAAUACACUCCAGCUCCGCUUCAACAAGCAAACAAAUUAAAAACAGAGAAGCAUGACCCUUUCCCGCAGAUGGAAAACAACAUUGACUUUCAAAUCGCUGCAGUAAAGAUACAGAGUUUUUGGCGCGGGGCGUAUGUUCGGAAAAUAAAAAGAUCCCAGAUACACGGUUCAUCUGAUAACAUCUUUGUAUGGGAUGUUUUGAAAAGGUUUUGGCUUCAAAUUAAACCACAUAUCGAUGAGAUUGGUCUUAAUGUGUUCAGGAAUCUGAUAAGUAAAAACCCACAAACCAUCCCAUACUACAGCUUCUACAAAGAUGAUUGGCACAAAAUAUCUUACACCGAUUACCAAGGAGUAUACGGGGAACAGCCCCCUGACACAUGGUUUGUGGUUUUCAGGGAGGUAUUUUUGGUGUCGGAGGAAAUCAUGGUCAUUCCCAAACUUUAUGUAAGCCUAAAAACCUGCUUUUUGCGUGUCAUCAACAAUGACAAUGGAGCUGAAAUAAACAGAGUAUUCAAGCAGGUGUCCCCUUUUGUGUAUAGGAAAAAUAAGCGUGGGUACACCUUCAUCGCAGAGGCUCGGAGUCUGGAACAAGCCAUACCUAGUGGAAGAUGGCGGCUGCGUCUUAUUGGCUCCUCAAGCUCUCUUUUGCAUCUGCAAAAAUCUGAACUCAACACUCACCUCUAUAUUCAAGACAUAAAACACUACUAUAUUCCUUCUGAUACUUAUCCAUACUUCAUGUGUUAUUCCGUAAAGGUAACCGAAGACCAUCUGGCAACCUUACAGAUGUCAACAUCGAAACCAGAUGUCCAGUUCCAACUGACCGUCCUGGACCAUGAUGAAGUGGUGUGCAACGUGAAGGGCAAAGGUCAUGUUGUCAUCCCUUCCAUUAUAUUUCUGAAGGAUAUCGUCGAAGAAGAAUCCCUAAGCACAAGCUCAAAAGAAUCUUUAACUGCAAAAAAGCAUUUAAGCGCAGGAGAUGCAGUCAUGAACCAUAAGUAUAAAAUACAAGCUACAGUGUUGAAUAAUUCAUGGCCACUUGUUCCUGUUGACUGGCAGUUUAUCCAAGCUUCCAAAAGCAGCAUGAGCAACGAAUUGAGAAUGGAAUUCAAAGAGAGUGAAACACCAUCGCCCAAUCUAAAAGUAGAAAAGCCAGCCAACCAUUCCUCCAAAGCAAAAUCCAAUAAAAUCAGAAGUGGAAAAGAAGCAAAAGAGUCAAAGGAAAUUCGUCCAGCCUCAUUCCAGUUCGAUUCCCUCCGUCCACACUGGCUACUACGCUUUGUAUCUGACCCAGAUUGUGCUACCACUGGUGGAAAAAAGAAUUUCUAA